AUGGAUAGAAGAAUUAAGAUACUCGGUUCAGAUCCUGAGAGUCAAAACAUCAUUCCCUCUACUCAACUAGAACGGUUUGACAGAAUCGAUAUCUUGCUCACGAAUCCACCCUUUUACACGUCCGAGGCCGAGCUCCAGUCCUUAGCCAAGCAGAAAGCGAGGCCUCCGAACUCAGCCUGUACCGGCGCGCCUGUUGAGAUGAUCUGUCCUGGCGGUGAAGUCACCUUUGUGGGUCGAAUUGUCCAGGAAUCGACAUUGCCAGAAAAUCGGGUCAGGAUACAAUGGUUCAGCAGCAUGCUUGGCAAGCUGAGCUCUGUCACUGCUAUCAUCGACAAAUUGCAUGAGAUAGACUGUACGAAUUAUGCUGUCACAGAAUUUGUACAAGGCCAAAAAACUCGUCGUUGGUGUGUUGCGUGGAGCUGGACUACACUCCGACCCUCUCUGUCUGUUGCAAGAGGUACAGAUGUUGUUGAGAAGAAAUACCUACCAUUUCCGACAGAACUCGAGCUUUCCCUGUCGAUUGAUCUGCCAGAUACCAUCCAGAAGAUCAAUGUGGAAAUCCCAAAACUGCAAGGUAUGGAAUGGCAAUGGCGUCAGAACCUGCAAGCUGGUAUUGGUAGAAGCAUGAUUGGCGAUGUUUGGAGUCGACAUGCUCGGCGGAAACAGAAAAAAUUGGCUGUAGACGACCGUGUCAAGCCCUUUGUCGAGUCCUCUAUUGAGUCCAAGGACAACGCUGACAACACGGAUGGAGAAGACGACAUCGAACCGAAAUUCGUCUUCAAGAUUACCUUCAAGCAAGCUCUCACAGCUCAAUCUUCCGACGAUACCACCCCAUCAACAACUCUUGUGCUCCGCUGGUUACAAGGCGACGACUCCACCUUAUUUGAAAGCUUCCACGGUUGGCUCAAGCGCAAGCUAGUCUAA